GAAGGAGUGUGACAAUGUCGUUCGCAACGCAGGGUAUCACAGUGUUAUGCAUUGCUCUUGUGUAUUACUAUUUUUUCGUUCGAGACUCCGCCUACAAACAACACAGGGAGAUUUUGUCGGACAAGAUUGAUGACGAAUACGAUUAUGUCAUUGUUGGUGGCGGAUCGGCUGGUUCCGUGCUGGCUUCGAGACUUUCCGAGGACAAGAAUUCUAGGGUUCUAUUAUUAGAAGCAGGAGGUUUUUACGAUGAAAAUCCACUGUUCCAUAUUCCGAUAAACUGGCUUGAACUUGAAAAUACCAGACACGACUGGGAAUAUUACACGGUGCCUCAGAAGGUUUCGUGCUUGGGCUUGAAAGAAAACAGAGCUUUUUGGCCUCGAGGACGCGUGCUCGGGGGAUCAAGCGUAUACAAUGCUAUGCAGUACACCCGUGGCAGUAGUUACGAGUACAAUGAAUGGGCAGCGAACGGAUGUACAGGGUGGAGUUACAAAGACGUAUUACCUUAUUUCUUGAAGUCUGAGGACAUUCAGAUAGAUGAACUGAAGUCAUCCAAUUAUCAUCACUCCGGUGGUCCGCUGGCUGUUUCCGGUGGGCGUGUUACACAGCUGUCCGACCUGUACAUGAAAGCUGGACAAGAACUUGGGUUCAACAUCACGGACUACAAUGGCGCAGACCAAGAGGGUUUCAACCGGAUUCAAGUAACUGUCAGGAACGGUGUUCGGGACGCAACCGGAUUAGCGUUCCUUGGACGUAUGGGAAAAAGACAAAAUCUUGACAUCGUUAUUGAAAGUUUUGUUACCAAAGUUGACAUAAAGAACAAAGCUGCAAGAGGAGUGUUUUUCAUUCACAAUGGUAGGAAGGAAUACGUCGUGGCCCGAAAAGAAGUUAUUCUGUCAGCAGGUGCAAUAAAUUCGCCUCAGAUCCUUAUGCUUUCUGGUAUUGGACCAAAAAACCAUCUGGAGUCUUUAAACAUCCCUGUUUUAGCUGACCUCCCUGUCGGGAAUAAUAUGCAUGACCACCAGAUGGCGUUCAUGUUUAGUAAGAUAAAUAAACCAAUCAGCUUGUCCGAUGAUCUUGUGAACGGUUUCUGGACGCGGUUGAGAUAUACCUUAUUCGGCACUGGACCUUUAACAAUAGCAGGAUCUGAUGGCUCGGCGUUCUUUUACAAUGAUGAAUCAAAACGCGGAAAAACUAGUGCAGACAUUCAAAUUAUAAUAUUCAGUAAGUUCCUUCCCCAGAAUUUGAACUAUUUCAACUUUAAAGACAGUGUUGCAAAGGAAUACUUGGCAGAGAACGGUAAUGUCGAAGGAUUCAACUUUAUUGUAAGUGUAACGCAUCCAAAGAGUAGAGGUACAUUACGCCUGAAAAGCUCGGACCCCUUUGACUACCCGCUCCUUGAUCCCCAGUACCUCACAGACAAGAAAGACAUUGAAGAUUUCAUUGGAGGAAUUCGGAUGUGGGAAAAGUUUAUACAAACGAAAACUAUGAAAGAACUCGGUGCAGAUAUUAAUCAAAUGAAGAUGUCGUUUUGUUCUCAGCAUAAGUUCCGGUCUGAUGCAUACUGGGAAUGUUUCGUGCGCCACCUAGCUGUGACUGUCUAUCAUCAUUCAUGCACGUGCAAAAUGGGCGCAGAUAAUGACCCGACUGCGGUUGUGGACUCGAAGCUUAAGGUUAAAGGUAUCAGAGGAUUGCGAGUCGUUGAUGCGUCCAUCUUUCCAACAGUUACAUCAGGAAACACAAACGCUCCAGUAAUUAUGGUGGCGGAAAAAGCUGCUGAUAUGAUUCGUGGAAUAGAUUCUGUAAAAAGUAUCAGAGAAAAUUUACCUGAAUAAAUUUAAGACAUAACUAAAUAACCCGUAGCUUAGCGAAACUGAUAUGUCCUUAGACGAUUUCUUCAUAAAGUAGGAAGGAGGACAUGUUACUGAACGGUUGCAUUAUAUUUGUGCAUUUCUUAUGUAACUCGUCGAUGUAGACAUUUGCUAAUGAGUAAAAAGUAUGAUGGCUUGUUUGUGCCUUUUCUUUAUUUCGUUUUUUCGCAGCGACGUUUGAUGUGACCAUAUCGCUGAUCAAUGUUUACGAAAUGGCACAAAUAAACUAAGAGUCGUGUUAUAUAUAACAGCUGCUCUAUAACAGUAAGACAGGUGGACAAUUUAAGGUCCAACCUGAGAUAUUGUGUUUUCAUAACUUAUUUGCUGACUCGUUUUACCUCUUUUAUUCAGUCAUCUUUUACCCAGUAUAUUUCAAAAAUUUAAAAAUACAGCUGAACUAUUAUCUUACACUGUAGAAACAAAUUGUUGUUUAAACUUAACCAGAUACACAUAUACUGUGCAUUUAAUAUUAUAAACGUUUAGAUAACAAACUUAAAUUUAAGUAAAUAAUGGCAUUUCGUGAUUUCUCAAUGUUUUGUAGUAGCACAAUAGGUUAAUAGGUUACAGUUAUCAUGCGGUCCUUAACCCUUGGCCUGCUGGCGGCAAGUGAUUUGCCUUUGCGACCAGUGCAGACCAAGAUCGUGCAGGUUGAUCAUGGUCAGCACUGUUCGCUGUUCAGACAGUAAAUUUUCAUUGAACACCCCUUCGAAUAAUAAAUGGUACUGUCCAAAUUUAAUGAUGGACCAUUCCGUUUUAGAAAUUUAGCAGGUUUAAUAAGGGUUAAACAUUAUUUGAUAAACACAUUCGUAUAACAUUACAUGAAUUUAACAAUAUAUCUAUAAAUAGCCAUUGUUUAUGUUGUUGAUGUUGUUUUUGGUUGUUUGAAGGGUUUAUCACUGUCUUAGAUAUAAUACUAGUAUAAAUGGCAAUUUGUUUAACUAAAUUCUGCAUGUAUUUGAAGCUACUAACCCAGAGUUUUGGUGAAAUUUUUCAACAUGUUCAUUUCCACCAG